AUGUCAAACCUUCCCGGUAUCCUCCCCUCUGCCGCUGAGUACCGUCGACUGGAGGCCACCUAUGGCUUGUCUUCUCUGGAAGGUGUGGAGUUUCCGGCACCUGGUUCUAGCAUCUCAUCUCCUCCUCCCCCCCCCCCCCCGGAGGAAGUCUUUCAGAAAUAUGGUUGCAGUCUUCAAAUGUUGACUCCCAAUGCAGUUAACAAGGUGGUUGCAUUUGAAAUGUUCUGCAGAGCCAAUAGGUAUAUUCCAGACUACUUCAUCUUCAAUUUUUUUCCGAUUCUGUGUUACUGCUGA